AUGCUAUCAUCUAGGCGCGGACGCACCUUAUCUUGGAAUGAUGCAAAGACGUUCCCAGUGCCUGAAGACUUUUUUCCAGAACUCGAGCUCACGGACGAACAGACACAAGGCUAUGAGAUGCAGGUCAAGAAAAUUGUCCAAGACGCUUUGGUAGAAUACGAAAAGCACGAAGCCAAAGGAGCCUACCCGAUCUACAGCGCGCCUUGGGUUCCAGUCGGCACUGAAAACCUCCUGACCGCCAUCCGAAGAGAAACACCUGAGAGAAUUUUGCACAGCGAGUUCCGUCUCUAUGGGCGUAUUCACGGCAACUACCGAAAUUUCAUGGAUUUCCACUACGCGGAGACGUCCCAUGAGCUUUUCCAGUCCAAUCAAUUCAUGUACGGCUAUGUAGUUGACGCUGUCGUACUGAAAAACAUCCACACAAAAGACUCUGGCAAGACACAUGAGUAUAUGGGUAUCAAAUGGACAUGCCUUCAACCUUCACCGUUUGGUCGCAAGCAAGACAAUUGCUUUCUGGAGUACCUCACAUACACUAAGGAUCAGCUCGGUCGUAAUGUGGGCGUCCGAGUGACGCUCCCGGUUGAGAUCGACGAAUGUCCUGAUCUGUAUAGCCCUUUGAAGAUCAAGCGCAUCAAGACGCAAAGCGUCUCCAUUGUUCGCUCGGCGGGUUCAUCUUCGGACGCGACACAGCUUUUUAUUAUGAGCGAGAAUAACUUUGCCGGUCCAUCCGUCAGUGCGAAGCACUAUAAGAAGCUCAUACGCGUUUACAACGACAUGUCCCUCUCUAUCGACUCGAAACAUAUUUUGAAGCGGGGGAUCAUGUGCAAGACAAAAUGGGUACCCAACGACUCACGCAAGGCCUGUGCAAGCUGUCAUCUUCCCUUCAGCGCUGCAAUGCGCCACCGUCACCAUUGCCGACUUUGUGGAGACGUCUUUUGCCACCAAUGUGUGACCAUUCGAUAUGUACCACGUGGCGUCACCAACACGUCACGCGUGUUCGAGGUAGCCAAAACGCAUUUCUGCACAGCUUGCGUGUUCGCAAUUCGUCGACGGAGCGAAGCGUCGCAGGCGCGAGUAUCAAGACUAGAGCGUUCGGCCUCGACCACGCAUGCUAUCAGCGUUCAAGAUCUAUGCUUCGAGAACAAAGACUGCAAAUUGCAAAAAGAGGCGAGCAGUAUUAUGGAGCACAGCUGCUUUCGACCCGAAUGGUGGGACGCAACAGCGUCGUACAAUUCCGAGUCCAAUUGGUCUGAGACGGACUCGGAGGAUGCCAGCAAGGCGUCGCUAAACGCUUCCGGGCGAUCGCUUCUUGCUAGCUCACUUUCCUCGUCUCAGUCAUCGUGGACUCAUCAAGUCGAUAACAGCACGGAGAAGGAUGAUGUGCCGUUUGUGGUGACUUUGGAUGUCAUUGACGACGAUGUGGCAAUACUUGAUGAAAAGGCGAGGAGCUCCAAGUCCAGGCUGUACAAGAAGCUUUCCAUGUCUGGCCAGUAUUCAAUGAGCCGACGUCAUUUGCAAAAGCGAGCGCCGACUCCCAAGUCGUCAGACGAUACGUUGGAGAUCACCGAGGUCAUCGACACGGUAGACAUGAUGCCAAUGUCGGAGCUCCAACAACAGUCAGGAACUGCCGGUGGUGUGCUACAUGAAGUUGCUCAAAAGCACAGCAAGAGACGUAGUGGACGGGAGUCGUGUAAUUCUGGAGGUUGCCUAAGCCGUGACAAGGUUACCAACCGAUUUCGAUCGUCUCGCUCGAUAAGUCAGUGUCUUGCUGAACAGGAGGAACUUCUUCGAUGCAUGCUUUGUGUCAGUCAAGCGCAGUGGGCUUCAGUAGCUUAA